AUUUUGUAAUUUGUACCCUCAACUUAGCACCGGAAAUCUUUGUCCACGCCUAAGAGGGGGAGAGACAGAGAGAGGAGAGGGCGACGAACAGUCGAACUGGAAGACGCCAUUCUGCUCUGAACGUUUCCCACACCUUCCAUAGGAGGAGGAGGGUCCAAUGGUUCUGCUUCUGGGCGUGGUUCGUCCUGCUCCUUCUUCUCUGUUAUUUUCUGCCUGGCACAGACGUUCGAUCUCUCGCUGCAGCUCGGCAUUCUCAGUUUCCAGAUAUGGGUUUUCUCCAUUCAAAAGUAUUUCCCCAGUUUGCAUCCAAUCCAAUUCUGCAAGUGUGCACUCUGGGUCAGAGUUACCUACAGAGCAAUCUGAAAUCAUAUUUUUGGGGACGGGAACUAGUGAAGGGAUUCCACGUGUAAGCUGCCUAACCAGUCCCUUAAAGACGUGUUCGGUCUGCUUAAAAGCUGCAGAACCAAACAAUAAGAAUAGGAGGCUUAACACAAGUAUCCUUGUUCGUUAUUUUAGUUCCUCUGAAAGAUGUAACAUUCUUAUAGAUGCUGGCAAGUUUUUCUACCACAGUGCUCUUCGCUGGUUUCCUAAAUUUGGGAUAAGAACACUUGAUGCGGUUGUUAUUACUCAUUCUCAUGCUGAUGCAAUUGGAGGUCUUGAUGAUCUCCGUGAUUGGACAAACAAUGUGCAGUCCUAUAUUCCAAUCUAUGUGGCAAAGCGUGAUUUUGAGGUGAUGCAGAAGACUCAUUAUUAUUUAGUGGAUACAAGUGUGAUCAUACCUGGUGCUGCAGUCUCGGAAUUGCAAUUUAAUAUCAUACAUGAGAAGCCAUUUGUUGUUAGUGGUCUCAAGUUUACCCCUUUACCGGUGUGGCAUGGUCGUGGUUAUCGUUCCCUUGGCUUUCGUUUUGGUAAUGUUUGUUACAUCAGUGAUGUUAGUGAAAUACCGGAAGAGACUUAUCCGCUUCUCAAGAACUGUGAAAUCUUGAUUCUGGACGCUUUGAGGCCUGAUCGAUCUUCUUCAACGCAUUUUGGACUUCCAAAGGCUUUAGAGGAAGUGCGGAAAAUCCAACCAAAGAGAACAUUUUUCACAGGUAUGAUGCAUCUGAUGGACCAUGAAAAAGUGAAUGAGGACCUUUCGAAAUUGAUUCAGGAGGGUCUUGAUGUACAGUUGAGCUUUGAUGGGCUUUGUGUGCCAGUAACACUCUAGCCAUGAUAGUCUCUUCUAUAUAUAUAUUUUUUUUUUCUCUUUGCACUUGAUCAUUCUUUUCUCAAUAAAAGCAACUAGAUUGUAAAUUUGAAAUACAAAUGCCAAAUUGUUCUUUCAUGCCCUUCUGGAUGAUACGAUUGGUAUGAAGCUCCUUGUGCAUUUAUACAAGUUUGAAUUGCCAAUUCACAGACUUUGUAAUUCUUAGAAGAGUCACUCAUUUGUUAAGACCAGUGGAAAUGCAAUAUUCCCUUCCUCCGGAUCUA